CGGAGUCGGUGAGGCUGCAGUAGUUCUCAGUCCCUGGUGCGAAUCGGGUUCGUUCUUUGCUUCUCGCUCGUUUGAUCGUUCUUGGCAGCAUCGCUGUAUCGUCUUUACUUUCGUUACUUUGAAAUUAUUCUAUUCUUAAUUCGGUUAGAUAUGAUGCUCGUCAAAGAUUUUGAGGCAGCAAUUCGGGUUCAUUUAAAGUCCUCAAGUGAGGAGAAGAUUUACACUACAAACGGAAUGCAGUGAAGACAAAGAAUUCUUAUUCCAUGUAAUUGAUAAACACGAUUUCUGCUUUUUCACUAGAAAUUUAGCGGCUUCGACAAGACUUGAAAACUGACGACUCAAAGAAGUGAAUUAUGAUAAUGGCGGCCAAAGUUACUUUUAUAAGUGUUCAGGUUUUCAUUUGCGUCACGCUCGUAUCUGGCUCCAUAGUGACUCGAGAGGAUCCCCUGCAACCAGUCUGGGAUAACCUCAGUCAAGUUCCAUCUAAAAUACUUACUGAAAUGCAAAAGAUACUGAACACCCACUCAACUAACAUGAAAGAAAAAAUGGCAUCUAAAACCGAAGUGUUCAAGACUGUAUUACAGUCAGUCAAGCAGUCUAAGGCAAAUGCCCAGAGCGAAGCGGAAGCAGAUGAGUCUGGCAGUCAUUUACAAGAACUCAUGAGUCACUCCUUGACAGGGGCCUUCGAGACCUUCUAUAAGAGUCGCGUGAAAACCGACUACGACGCAGCUCUCGGCAAUGACGACACCAUCGCCUCUCUCGAAGAAACAGAGGCUAAACUCAUGAGACAUUUGGACCAGAUGCUUCGCAAGUCUGAUUUCUUGUUCGAUUUCAACGCCACCAUUGAGGACCACGUUUACGAAGUCAUGCAUAACGACGAGAGGCGACAACUCACGAUAAGGAACAUCGACGGCCUGCUGAACGACAUCAGGGAACGACGGACACCCAACAAAAGAGACGUUUGUUCUCCUGUGCUGGAUAAUCUUAGGAAAUUUAUCGUCGAGGACUUGCCUUCUGAACAGAGACUAGAGGAGCUUGAGAAAGACUUGGCCGAGAAAUACCAAGCUGUUGUCGAAGAGCUUCCGAGCGUCCUUCACAGGGAUUGCUCGGACAUACUGAGACUGAAACAACAGCCACCUUCCGGCGUCUAUACCAUAUACCCUACAGGCGAUCCCGAGAGGAAAGUCAACGUAUGGUGUGACAUGGAGACUAAAAGAAACCCAGAGUCGAAAGCAGGUUGGACAGUUAUGCUGCGUAGGAGGAACACUUCCAUAGGACUACUGAAUUUUAACAGGUCAUGGGAUGAGUAUGCUGAAGGUUUUGGCACCCCAGGUGAGGGAGGCGAGUGGUGGCUGGGACUGAACUGGGUCCAUGAGCUGACCUUCCAUCAGCCUUAUGAACUCAUGUUUCUUCUGCGCGAUAUUGACGUGGAGCAUUUCAGAGUUUACUAUUCUCGUUUCAUAGUCGAACACGAAUCCCGCGACUUCCGCCUCAGUGUGGAAGGUUUCGAGGGAACCGUCAGCGACGCCUUCGGAAGCUUCCACCACGGCCAGCCCUUCACCACACACGACAGAGACAACGACAACUGCGACUGUAACUGCGCCUCCAACAACCAGGGAGGUUGGUGGUAUAACAAAUGCCACAGGACUGUCCUAACAGCUUCCUUCCCAGAGUCUAACGACCGCUCCAUGAAAACAAUUCGAUGGCUGACCCCUGGGCGUUGGCUGGUGCUUGAUGACGUCACGAUGAUGAUGAAGCCAGUUGAACCUACACUUCAGCAGUGACAACGGCAAACUGGCUUAUAAAGACACGCGCAGUAUUUCAUGGAUUCUGUCUGUUAUCACUCAAGAGGUGGAAUUCAUUAACAAACUUUUCUUGCUAGACAGAGCUUGUUUUGGGUAAUCCAAGCCCGUCCAAAAAUGCAUGUAUUCAACAUUUUUAAUAAAAAAAAAAGUAGA